AUGCUCGAAUCCUCCGACCCUCGCGUCUACGGCAACGUAGAACCUUCAGAGGCACCGAAGCACAAGCCAAAAGCCAGUACACCACUUCGUCGUAGUGCCUCUGCAUCGAUACCCAUUCGCUCUAACCCGACACCUACUAGAAGUUCUAUCAAGCCUGUUUUCACUCUUUCAACAGCAGAACGCUACCUAUUGUCAAGAUUGCGGUCCCGUCUUCCGGAUGCUCAGACAUUGCACGAUGCCUGGUGGGUUCCAAGCUGGGGCGACGGGGGUGAAAUUUUUGUCUUCUCGAAUGGAAGUUUUGUGUGCUGGGGUCUUGGAGAGGAAGAAGCGCGGCGUUUUGCACGAGAAGUCCUCGCACCUAGUGAAGUUGGACGGUUAAAGGAUCCAGAAACGGAGGAACUGGAAUUUGUAACCGACCCGACAGAAAAAACUCGAAUACAAGGAGAUUUAAUUAUACUUGGGCGGGUAGCACCACUCGAGUGCUCUGAAAACGCUCCUGCCGUACCACCAGUUUCUCCUGCACUCCCUGCAGAUACCCUGUUGGCGCGAUAUACAUUCUCCCAAGCACUAUCACGUUCUACAGCACUUUCAGUUCUUGAAGAGUCACUUGAGGACUAUCUCUCAUCUGUGGCACUCCUCCCACACUCCCUCGAGAAAACGGGAAAGCCUGGUCUGAGCAGGGAAGCCCUUAUCAAGAAGCUUGGAGCGCUCAUGAAGUUCCGCCAAGGCCUUAACCUCAACAGGGAGAACUUCUCUGACACUCCAGACUUGUACUGGACCGAGCCUGGAUUAGAAGGUUUCUUCAAAUCGAUGACGACCGCUCUCGAGGUGAAAGCUAGGACUAACGCGGUCAAUGAAAAAAUUACCUAUGCCACAGAGGUGCAGUCAACUCUCCGUCAGCUACUUACGGAAUCAUCCACCCAUCGGAUGGAACUUGUUAUCAUCGCCCUUAUUGCUGUAGAAGUUGUCAUCGUACGUACCUCCGAUGGUCAUUCCAUGUUUUCUAUAUUCAUCUCUUGCACCUUCCCAUAUCAGGCUCUAAUAAGGGACGGCCCUGAGCUCUGGCAAAUGACUUUUGGCUCUCCUCAUGUUGAACCAGUGGCUCAUUCAUAG